AUGGCGGCCAUUGCAGAAGGCCCGGAGGGAGCGAGGGCUAGAAGCGCGUGAGUCGCUGGUUACCCGGGCAACCGAAACAAACAGGGGCGCGCCGGCAGAGCGCGUGCGUGUCUCUUCUCUCUUUUUUUUUUUUGCAGCGGGGAGAUCUAGAAGAGGCGCCUUCAGUGCAGGAUGGUGCAGGCAGAGGAAGGUGCGUGAAAAGAAGACUCCGCAGAGCCGCAGUUCCUUCCGGGAGAAAAUUCUGGCACCUGGAGGAAUUUGCCUCUGCGCAUAUGCAGAGUGCAUAUCCUCUCUUAAGAGAGCAACGUUGUUGUUUGAAAAAAACGGCUUAAAGUGGGUGUGAUUUGUGAGCAUUUGCAGAGCGCGCUCUGUUUCCAACUUUCUCAGCCAAUCGCUCGGAGCAGGAGCAGAAAGUUCCCUUCUCUUUUUGGAAAUAUUUCCGUUUUAUCGGAAGGAAAGUAGAAGAAUACAACGGAAACAAUGUGGGCGAGAAAGAGACCAGGCUGGUGUUUGUAGAGGAAGGGAUGAGAUACUUUUCCCUUUCUUUCCACAUCUGCCCAGGAUGCUACUGAGAGAGCCAGGGUAGUGGCCAGAUACAAAAGAGGACAAUGUCCUUGUAAUACGUGUGCGGAAGUAGUAGUAGUAGUAGUAGUAGUAAUAGUAAUAGUAAUAAUAAUAAUAAUUAUUAUUCAAAGUAAGGUGCAAGUCAGGUAAUCCAAAUGCUGUCCCAUGAAAGUUGUCACUUCUCAUUGUACAGAAUUUCUAAAAUAAAAACAACAGCCUCAUCCCAGUAUACCUGAAGGAGCACCUCCACCCCAUCACUUAGCCCAGACACUGAGGUGUACCUUCGAUGGUCUUCUGGUGGUUCCCUCACUACGAAGUGUGAAGUUACAUGGAACCAGGCAGAGGGCCUUCUCGGUAGUGGCACCCUCCCUGUGGAACGCCCACCCUUCAGAUGUCAAGGAGAUGAAGAACUACAUAACCUUUAAAAGACAUCUGAGAGCAACCCUGUAUUGUGAAGUUUUUAAUGUGUGAUGUUUUAUUAUAUUUAUUAUGGGUUAUUGGGUUGUUGUUUUCAUUUUGAUUAUAUAUUUUGUGGUUUUGUGUUCUGGUUUUGUUCUGUGAGCCGCCCUGAGAUGUCUGUGUAUAGGGUGGUACAGUCAUACCUCGGGUUACAGACGCUUUGGGUUGCGCAAUUUUGGGUUACGCACUGCACCGAACCCGGAAGUACUGGAACGGAUUACUUCCAGGUUUCGGCGCCUGCGCAUGUGCAGUAGCACCGAAUUGCGACCCGCGCAUGUGCAGACGCAGCACUGCGGGUUGCGAACGUGCUUCCCGCACGGAUCAUGUUCGCAACCCGAGCAUGCACUGUAUAUAAAUUCAAUAAAUAAAUAAUAAGUAAUAAUAAUAUAUAUGCUUUAAGUCGCCCAGAGUGGCUGGAGAAACCCAGCCAGAUGACCUGGGUAUAAGUAAUAAAAUUAUUAUUAUUAUUAUUAUUAUUAUUUAUUUAUUUAUUUAUAUGCUCCCUAUCUGACUGGGUUGCCCCAGCCACUCUGGGCAGCUCCCAACAGAAUAUUAAAAACACAAUAAAGCAUCAAACAUUAAAAACCUCCUGAUUUCAGCUGGUGUAGGUGUAUCUGGGGCAGUGUGCGAAUUCAAAAGGUAGAAUUGCGUUCUGACAGUGUACCCUGGUUCUCAUUCCGAUACCCUGAUAUUCAAGGGAGAUGCUGGGUUGCCAGCAGUCGCAACACGCAAAAUGCCAAAGCCAUCGCUUUGCUGGAACAAAGUAACCUUUAAUUAGGUGGAAAAACUCCUUGUUAGUUAAAAGACAGUGCACAGGGAGCAUUUGUUCUGCAUGUAAUUGCUGGUAAUUUGAGGUUUGAGUGCGCAGGUUGCAGACAUUAAAACCCACCUGCUCUUUCUGCUUCCAUUGCAGUUUCUCUCCCUGGUUUUCAAUCAGGUGAAAGGUAAGAGAGAACUUCCAGGGCCUCUGUGGUUAUCUGCUGCAAAUUCUGUAACCAUCGCUCGCUUUCUCCUUGACUGCAGCUUCUUAGACGAGCUUUCUGCUGAGUGUGAUUUUAAUUGUUGCUUGGGACAUGCAUUUUACAAUAUCCGGCCUGCAAGAUAUUUCAGCAACCCUAGAAAACAAAAAUGAGAGGAGAGCAGAACUCACGCAUUAUAACCCCACCUGUAACUUCUACAUAUUAAUGACGUUGGGCAAAGUAUAUGAAUAAUGAUUUCACUUUUUUUCUUUCCGAACAAAAUCUUACUCGAUGCCUGUUAUUAGGAAUAUAUUGUUUUUGAAGUUGAGCCCUCCCGAUCUACUGUUGCACCAGCCACAAAACUUGUGGCACCUUUUUAAAGCAUUUAUUUACAUUUGUAUCCCAUCUCUCCUCCAUAGAGCUGAAAGCAGAGUAUGUGGUUCUCUUUUCCCAUUUUAUUCUCAGCGCAAUCUGAAGGGAAGAGUAGGCUGAGUAGACACAAAGUCACUCAGCUCUCUUCGUGGCUGACAGGGUCUUCCCAGUCCUAUUAUUCUGUGCUAAUCUGUGUUUUUAGGAGACGCGGGUGGCGCUGUGGGUUAAACCACAGAGCCUAGGGCUUGCCGAUCAGAAGGUCGGCGGUUGAAAUCCCCAUGACGGGGUGAGCUCCCGUUGCUCAGUCCCUGCUCCUGCCAACCUAGUAGUUCGAAAGCACGUCAAAGUGCAAGUAGAUAAAUAGGUACCGCUCUGGCGGGAAGGUAAAUGGCAUUUCCGUGCACUGCUCUGGUUCGCCAGAAAUGGCUUAGUCAUGCUGGCCACAUGACCCGGAAGCUGUACGCCGGCUCCCUCGGCCAAUAAAGCGAGAUGAGCGCCGCAACCCCAGAGUCGUCCGCGACUGGACCUAAUGGUCAGGGAUCCCUUUACCCUUUACCUUUAAUCUGUGUUUAUCUCUCCUGUAGCAGCCGAUUGUCCAUGGAGGUGGGAGGAGGGACAAAGGCAGGUGAUGAUACUGGCUAUGAUACUAGAUUUUCAUUGGGGUGUAGUCCUGGGGAAGAAUGCAUAUGACAAAUAGCAAAUAAACCCGGGAGGGCUUCAUGUAUCAAGCAAGAAAAGGGUGUGUCUGAAUUCUCCUGUCAAAGUAAUUAUCUGACAGUAUGUUUAGGUUUGGCUCUUUUCUAAUGCACUCCCUCCCCAUUUACACUGUCCCACAUAAGAAAACAAGAACGUCUGCAGAUAAAUUCAGUGGGGCUCACUCCCGGUUUAGCAGGCAUAUUGCAUCUUUACUUUCUCUAUUAUGUAUGUCAGGCUGAUAGCUCAGUCAGAACCGUAGCUGUCAACUUUUCCCUUUUCUUGCGAGGAAUCCUAUUCGGAAUAAGGGAAUUUGCCUUAAAAAAGGGAAAAGUUGACAGCUAUGGUCGGAACAGUUUGAGACUCUUCGUCUGAGGGUUGUGCGUUCUAGCCCCACCUUGCAGGGUGCUGGGCCUCCUCGAACCCACAACCCUACAAUUCUGUGAUUCUAUACUCCUUAGUAACAUUCUAGGACUGCCUGUGCACCUAAGCCCAGUCACAAAAACUGCUUUAUAUCUUUCAACUUCUAGGUGUUGGAUUGUACAGCAAUGAUGGAAGCAAACCUGGAAGCAAAUCAGGAAGGAAUAGGAAAAAGGUAUCUGUUUACAUACAGAGUUUUGGAGCUAUCUUGGCCAGUUUUGUGGUUCUAGAUUACCCCAGUUUGUCAUUACUAGCACGUCAACAAUCUGUGCUAGGAUCGCCACACAGUUUCUGCCUGACUGGGCUAAGUACAGCCAAAUAUCUGGCUAGAAGGCGGCCAGCAAAAUAGGAGCCUGGUCACCUGCAAAUCCUUUGAAGAAAGUUGACUGUAGGAAGGGUAUUUUUUUAAAAAAAUUGUCGGGAUCUGUCAGGGAUAGAACCACAGAACUUAUCCAUAGCUGGGUCUUAGUCUCUAGUUGGGGCUGCCUGUACUUUUGCCUUGUGUGCUUGUUGUUGUUGUUGUUUAGUCGUUUAGUCGUGUCCGACUCUUCAUGACCCCAUGGACCAGAGCACGCCAGGCACUCCUGUCUUCCACCACCUCCCGCAGUUUGGUCAAACUCAUGCUGGUAGCUUCAGGAACACUGUCCAACCAUCUCGUCCUCUGUCGUCCCCUUCUCCUUGUGCCCUCCAUCUUUCCCAGCAUCAGGGUCUUUUCCAGGGAGUCUUCUCUACUCAUGAGGUGGCCAAAGUAUUGGAGUCAUCUUCAGGAUCUGUCCUUCCAGUGAGCACUCAGGGCUGAUUUCCUUCAGAAUGGAGAGGUUUGAUCUUCUUGCAGUCCAUGGGACUCUCAAGAGUCUCCUCCAGCACCAUAAUUCAAAAGCAUCAAUUCUUCGGCGAUCAGCCUGCCUUGUGUGCUACAGAUGUGCAAUAUCAGCCUCUGUGAUUGAUAGACGGUCUCAAUUACAAGGAAAUCCUAGAUACUUGAUCUCCCCACCUUGCCAGGUCAACAGCUACUCUCAGCAAGACUGUGGGAUGGAGAACGCCCCACCCACACCAGGUCUGGUCCCUGACUGCGCUGUACUUAACUUUCCUGCCUUUUUAACAAACUGCUGAAAAGGGAGGGAAUGCAGAGCUUUCUCAUUCUCUCUUUCUCUCUUGGUAUUUACUCUCCUGCCCCUGUCUGUCAAGAAAACAUCAUCAUAAGCCCUGCUUGGUUGGGAGGCUGUUUGCUUAUAAAAAGUGCCUUGGCUUGUCCUGGCUUGAAGAAAAGGCCUAUCGCCUCAGGUGCAAAGGUGUCUCUCAAUGCCUUUGCCUAGGAGCAAGUUUUGUACAUGACGGAAUGACUUUGGAGUUCAAAUGUAAUUAGCUAAGUCCAUUAUCGGGUGGUUGGUGUUUUUUUUGCAUGAAAUCAACAUAAUAACCUGUCAUCUUCUUGUCAGUUUUCUGUAAGCGUUCUCAAGGCAGAGCAGUAGGAACAGGGAAGUAGGAAUACAGGAACCCCCAAGACUCCAGCCUGCUUCUGGAAAUGCAAAUAAUAAAAAUAAAACAGAAUAAGCUCUUUGACUGGAAUUCUAAUAAGAACAUUUUGCAUAGACUGUCUGGUGUUCUGAUCCCAAACAUUUGCACUGGUAUAAUAGGCUUGCAGGUGACGCGGGUGGCGCUGUGGUCUAAACCACUGAGCCUCUUGGGCUUGCCGAUCAGAAGGUCGGCGGUUCGAAUCCCCACGACGGGGUGAGCUCCCGUUGCUCGGUCCCAGCUCCUGUCAACUUAGCAGUUUGAAAGCACGCCAAAAAGUGUAAGUAGAUAAAUAGGUACUGCUCCGGCGGGAAGGUAAACAGCGUUUCCGUGCACUGCUCUGGUUUCGGUGUUCUGUUGCACCAGAAGCGGCUUAGUUAUGCUGGUCACAUGACCUGGAAAAACUGUCUGCAGACAAACACCAGCUCCCUCGCCUGUAAAGCAAGAUGAGCGCCGGAACCCCAGAGUCGUCCGCGACUGGACUUAACUGUCAGGGGUCCUUUACCUUUUUUUAAUAUGCUUGCAGUCUUGCUUGCCUGGGUGGAGGUCUCUGUGUGUGGAAAUGCCUGGUUUUUGCCUGGUUAGAAUGUAGGAAAUUGUACAAACGUAAGAGGCACAUUGUUCGCCACACCGACUUUGGUUUCUGGCCACACUCGCCAUGUGGUGUCCCAGAAAGGGAAUGCGGAAAAGAAAGGUUUCUUAUCCCUGGCAGGGAACUUACACUUUAUGCACGGUGGUUUUAUCCACCUAUGUGUUUCUUGUUUGUUUUGCAACUGUACAAGUUUUCAGUUCCAGGUUGGAAGAGCUUGCAAAACCAAAGGAGAUCAAAGACGUGUGGAACUUUUUCCGGUAAGAUUGUGUGGCUUCAUAAAGGAUGUGAAUCACAAUAAGAAUUAUUCGCAUUUGGCACCUUAACGUGCUCAUUGUCAUAGGCCUCAUCUGCAUUAUGCAUUUAAAGUGGUUUCAUACCACUUUUAUUCCCUCAAAGAAUUCUGGGAACUGUGGUUUGGCCUCACAGAGUCCCCUGGGAAGAGGGAUUGAGAAUUAAGACUUGUUCUUCAAAGUGAGGGGAAUGUGAGGAGAAUAUGGGUCUCCUAACUUCUCUCAGCACUCUUAACAAACCAGUUCCCAGGAUUCUUUGGGGGAAGCCAUGACGGUUGAAAGUGGUAUGAUAGUUCUUUAAAUGUAUAGUGCAGAUGGAGCCUUAGCUGCCGCAUUAUCUUAUGACAGACUUGUACUAAAGACCCAUUUUAUCAUCUCCGUAUUUUACUUCAUUAGCUAUUGAAAGCAAGGGCAGGCUUGUGGAGUAGAGAUCCCAAAUAUUUUUCUUUCCGUAUAUUCUGGAUGGGUAAUGAAUUUUGGAGAAAAUUAGGUUGGAGGAGGUGAUCUUGUUUAUUGGGUAGAAUAUUAUUAUUAUUACGUGAUCUAGAGAUAAUUUGGGGGGAGGCAAUUGAAGGAGAAUCAAACUGAUUUGGACCAGGAUCUGUUGAGAAUUGAAUUGGGGGGUAAAUGAAUUGAUUAGGUGAUUUGGAGUAGGGUGCAAAUUAAUUGAAUAAUUUAUAUGGGCUGAUUUGAAAGGCAAAUUAGCCUGCCUCCUGUGACAUUUAAAACCUAAAUCUGCAUUUAUACUUACUUAUUUAUUACAUCGAUAUCCCGCCUUUCUCCUUCAUGGAACUGAAAGUGCAAGGAUCCUGCCCCAUAGACCUUCAAACUGUGCCCUUCAAAUUUUUAACAGUUAUAUAGCCUGGUGUAUUCUGGGUAGCUUGAAAACCAUCAGAAGAUGGAUCACGGGUUAUUUGGAAGGAUAUUUAGUGGUCCUUUUGACUAUAUUUGAAAGUGCUGGUCACCAUGGUUUCAGAAUUUCGGCAUUUUGCUUUGGAGUGACUCUACCCUUAUUGGUGCAUUUCAAGCUCACUUUGGUUGGAUUGCUCCAAAGUAAAUACAGUGGCGUAGGGAUGUGGGUGGCGCUGUGGGUUAAACCACAGAGCCUAGGACUUGCCGAUCAGAAGAUUGGCGGUUCGAAUCCCCGCGACGAGGUGAGCUCCCGUUGCUCGGUCCCUGCUCCUGCCAACCUAGUAGUUUGAAAGCAUGUCAAAGUGCAAGUAGAUAAAUAGGUACCACUCCAGUGGGAAGGUAAACGGCGUUUCCGUGCGCUGCUCUGGUUCGCCAGAAGUGGCUUAGUCAUGCUGGCCACAUGACCCGGAAGCUGUACGCCGGCUCCCUCGGCCAAUAAAGUGAGAUGAGCGCCGCAACCCCAGAGUCGGCCACGACUGGACCUAAUGCUCAGGGGUCCCUUUACCUUUACCUUUAAGUACAGUGGUACCUCAGGUUACAGACGCUUCAGGUUACAGACUCCGCUAACCCAGAAAUAGUACCUCGGGUUAAGAACUUUACCUCAGGAUGAGAACAGAAAUCGCGUGGUGGCGGCAUCGGGAGGCCCCAUUAGCUAAAGUGGUACCUCAGGUUAAGAACAGUUUCAGGUUAAGAACGGACCUCUAGAACGAAUUAAGUUCUUAACCCGAGGUACCACUGUACACUGAGAACAUAAGAACAGCCCUGUUAGGCCCAGUCAAAGCAUCUUGUUCUCACGGUGGCCAACCAGAUGUCUAUGAGAAACCCACGACUUGGACCUGAGCACAACAGUACCCUGCCCGGUUGUGAUUCUCAGGAACUGGUGACCUCCCAAGGAAUAUAGGGUUUAGGACCGGGAUACUUGAAAAGCCGCGUCCCAACGCCAUGUCUUCUCUGAGACAGUGACCAGGCUUAGAAUUUCCUGUUUGUCUGACUCCAUCAUUGUUGACAUUUUUGCACCUUCUGGCUGUGAGCACAAGGCAUUGAGACCUGAAUUCUAUUUCUGCCUUUUCCCUUGAAAGAAUUUUUGGCUUUACUUAAAAAAAAAAAGUGAUUUUUUUUUUAAUAGUACAGUGGUACCUCAGGUUACAUACGCUUCAGGUGACAUAUGCUUCAGGUUACACACUCCGUUAACCCAGAAAUAGUGCUUCAGGUUAAGAACUUUGCUUCAGGAUGAGAACAGAAAUUGUGCUCUGGCGGCGCAGCAGCAGCAGGAGGCCCCAUUAGCUAAAGUGGUGCUUCAGGUUAAGAACAGUUUCAGGUUAAGAACGGACCUCCGGAACGAAUUAAGUACUUAACCCAAGGUACCACUGUAUUGCUUUUAUUUCCUGCUCUUAGCUGUCUCAAAGAUCUUGUAAGGUGGACAGAAAGUGUGGGAUAGAUGUAUAAAUUAAUGGUAGCCAGCCAAAUCGGUGAACCACAGCCAUCAAAUGAAAGAUCUCCCGUUGUAAAAUCACCGUUAAUCAGUUUGCUCCUAGAAAGUCAAAGAUCUUUAUAGAUAUUUUGGGUGAGAACAACUAUAACAGCAUACGUGUGUGUGAGUGAUUUGCGUAAUAUAAGAAUAGAUGCUUAAUACGAUAACCUAUGGUUGUGUGCAAGAGUUUCUAACCAUGGUUUGAGUGGCACUUUUGUUUUUAUUCGUAACAGUAA